AUGACCACAGCCGGGCUCGCGGCUCAAGAAGUGUCACUGAAGAGUGGCUUUCUGCAUAGUGCGCAAGGCUUGAUGUGUGCAAAGUCCUGCUGGGCAAAUCAUAGCGACUAUGAUAACACGUUCUAUAGUAGGGAGCCUUUGUCCUUACCCUACAGUAUGAAAUCUCCCGCACAACAGCAAAUUUCAUCUCUUGGUCAGAUUUCAAAGCCGUUUAUGGCGAACGGACACUGUUGCUCUGAAAAUUGCAUGAAGGCUAAAAAAAAAACGAACUUUCUUCAUGUUGGUUUGCCCAUCAUAGAGCAUUCUACAAACUGUGAAGAUGACCAAGUUGUUCCUUCCUUUAAAAAUCUAUCAAUGAAUGGCUGUUCUGGUUCGGAAAGGACCCCUCCUCUGACACCUGUUAAAAGUGGACCACCGCCACCUUAUACCAUUCCUUCUAGUGAUCGGAGCUCGAGGCCUCUUCCGCCACUUCCAAUUUGCGAGGACAGUUCUUUGGAUGAUGCAGAUAGCGAGGUCGAGUUCCUCACCAGUUCUGAUACAGACUUGCUUAUACAAGAUGGAAGACCUUUGGCAUUCAAGUAUGGGGUUCCAAGCAGGAGAAGUUUCCGAGGAUGUGGACAGAUCAACUAUGCCUACUUUGACUCUACAUCUGCCACCAAACCAGCAGAUGACAGCGCGCCGUGUCAACACCAUGCACGCACACAGAACUUGAAACCUCAGAAACCAGAGCCAAACCACCGAAGGCUACGAAGGUCUCAUUCGGGACCAGCUGGAUCAUAUAAUAAACCUACAAUUCGGGUACACACAAAUAGGACUUCCCCUAAUUCAGAUGAAGACAAACCUGUAGUACCACCAAGGAUCCCAAUACCUCCUAGGCCUAUAAAGCCGGAUUACAGAAGGUGGUCAGCUGAAGUUUCUUCAAAUACGUACAGCGAUGAGGAUCGACCUCCCAAGGUACCACCCAGGGAACCUCUUUCCAGGAGCAACUCUCGGACCCCAAGUCCUAAGAGUCUUCCUUCAUACCUCAACGGCGUCAUGCCCCCAACACAAAGUUUUGCACCUGACCCCGCCUAUGUCAGCACUAAAGUUUUUCAAAGACAGAACAGUGAAGGAUCUGCCAACAAGAUCCCUUGCAUCUUACCCAUUAUAGAAAAUGGGAAGAAGGUUAGUUCCACACAUUAUUACCUUUUACCAGAGAAGCCGCCAUACUUUGUCCGGUACGAAAAAUAUUUUACAGAGUCCAAGGACGCUGGCUCAGAAUCUAAAGUGCCAUCGUGGUCUAGUGACAGUAGCUCAUGUUCGUCGUCGUCUCCAAAGGCCGAGGUGAAGGCCAAAGUGGACAUGAACUAUGCCAAGCGUAAGCACCUCUCUGAUGCAGUUUCUCCUUGUGUAGGUGAAUAG